AACCCCGAUAUUUAUGUUGACGUUCCUGAGUUCGCGUUGCACUCUGGGAGGUUUGUCCUCUUUAGAUGUCAUUGUAAAUUCGGCUUUAUUUGAGAAAUAAGAAAUUCAUUAUGACUGGAUACUCAGCGGAUGAAAAACUCCGCUUUGAGCAGUUAUCAAAGCUUCGGCGGCAGUGGCUCAAAGAUCAGGAGCUUAGUCCUCGAGAACCCACCGUUGCACCCAAAACACCCGGCCGCAUCGAGCGAUUCUGGGCUGGAUUUCUGCAGCCCAAGACACUCUGGAGACUAUACACAUUUAAAGCCUAUAAUGCCAGUGUUUUUGCUGUCACGCGGAUUCUGAUCCCAGCCUGGAUUGUGCAUUACUACGUGAAGUACCACGUCAGUAAAAUGCCAUAUGGAAUUGUUGCUCUUAAACCCAGACUGUUUCCUGGAGACACCAUUUUGGAAACAGGAGAAGUUGUCCCAGAUCUUCCUGAAGCAGACAGUCAUGGUCAUCAUUAAAGAUGCCAGUGUAUAUUUAGUAUAGACAUACCUGUUAGCACUGGUUGAAAAAACAUGCUUGUGUGUAUACUAUGUCAAUAAAAUUUAUUAUACAGAU